AUGGACACCGCAAGCUUUCCUACAGACUGUUAUCUUGAUGCUGUCGUGAGCUUUCUGAGCAUUAUCAACUAUAACGACACCAAUUACACACACCAGGACAGGGUCCGUAAUCUACACUAUGCUUACGCUAAGGCGGCGAAGCACUUUGCCCAGCCGACGCAGCAGCGUCUGAUCAAAGCCAGCCCGAGACGUCUCCAGGCAUCUCUUCAGACAAUUGUGGCCAUGGUAGUCUACGCCUGGGUGCGCGUCGACCCCGAGGUUAUGGCAGAUCUGAGCAUCCACUACACUUAUAUGCUAGUGCUUGAUGACAGCCAAGAUGAUCCCGACGCAACUAUGCAGUCAUUCUACCAGGAUCUUCUUGCCGGGAAGCCUCAACGGCACCCUUGGUGGCAGAUGGUGAACGCGCAGUUCCCAACUGUGCUUAGCCAUUACGGUCCGUACUGCGGUUUAAACCUGGUUCGGAGCACGACCGACUUUUUCCAGGGUUGCUGGAUUGAGCAACAUAACUUUCAGGGCUUCCCGGGCUCAUACGACUUCCCCGGCUUUCUGCGUCGCAUGAACGGCCUCGGCCACUGCGUCGGCGCAUCCAUCUUUCCCAAAGCCCAAUUUGACGAAAAGGAGCUCUUUACGGAGAUCACGUCUGUCAUCUCUCAGAUGGAGAACUGGAUGGUGUUUGUGAACGACCUACUAUCAUUCUACAAAGAAUUCGAUGAGCCGCGUGACCAGACGUCACUCGUCAACAACUACGCCAAGUGCGACCGCAUCACGCUGGCCGAGGCGCUGAACAAGCUGACGCGCGACACAAUCCGCUGCUCGGAGCAGAUCGUUGAGGUCUUUGCCGACAAGGACCCAAGCAUCGCCGACACCCUCCAGACUUUCUGCCAGGGCUAUGUCACCUGGCACCUGAGCGAUCCUCGCUACCUGAGCGAUCCUCGCUACCGUCUCCGUGAACUCGUCACUAGCGCUGCUGGCGGUGACAGUGCCACGGCGAAGGAGUUCCGUCGGUACCAGGCUGCCGGUGACCUCGUUGGGGCUGUUGACCCCAAGGAGUGGGCUUACCCUCCUGUUGCUGACCUUGUUGAGGAUCAUAGCGUCGGGGAGGUUGUCCAAGUCGCGACACCACUAGUUCCGAAGACGUCUAUCAAUGCCAGUAACACUGUGGGUGCUGUAUCAAAGUGGGCAAAGAAAUUUUGGCCGCAGGAGUAUAUCUAGUCACUUCCAUAUGGAUCAUGGGAACCCAAUUUGGGGUUUGAUAAGUUUUUGUAUUUAGGAUAGGU